AACCCUGUCUAAAGAACAUGUCUCUGAAAUGCAGUAUGGUAUGCAGCAGACAGAUUUGUUUGUACAAGGACAAUACAAGACACACUAGAGGAUGAAGAGCCAACAGCACACCUCCAAAUACCUGCUGCUACAUGUGUGGUGCGGAUUUCUCACAGUCGCUAUGGGGAUUAUGGUCGCAGUUCUCACAACAGUGCAAAUAAACUCAUCUGACAAGAGUCAUUUACCUGAAUCAAAGGAGGAAAACCAGCCCCCGACAAAUGGCAGUUUUUUGGCUCAAUUGAAUUCAUCAAAGGCUCCCCGUCCGUCCUAUAUCCAGCUGACCAUGGGAACAUUAUCUUGGGAGAAUGACCAAGAUGCCCCCGUCUGUGGCUCUUGCUCCCUCGUCCUCCGCGACAACUCUGUCUACAUCACAUCUGAAGGCUUCUACUACAUCUAUGUCCAGGUCACCUUCACUAGGCACACCGGGGGAGAGGAGAAGAGGAAGGUGACUCUGUUCAAAAAUGGCAUUCAGAAUAAGACCCAGCAAAGGAGACUGAGUGAAGCCGUGUAUCACGGAGAGAAAGAGGGCACUGUAUUCAUGUCCAGGAUGGUUAAGCUCCAACAAGGUAACAGUCUCAGCCUUGAGAUAACAUCCAAGAAUAAUAGUUUUAGGUAUGGGGUAGAGAAUACUCACUGGGGGGCAUUUCAGCUCCCCCCAUAUUGAGCCAACAGACAUUUGUAUUGAGACUUAGUUCAAGA